GCCCGAUUCCUCUUCUGCCUUCGCCCGAGUCUUGGCUUACGCGUACGGCAUCGCGUUGUUCCGGAACAUGCUUCCUUUUUCUCGCCCUCCCCCGCUUCCCGCCACCUGUUUCUCCGGCAAGUCUGUUUCCCCUUCGCCGCCGACCUCUCCUCAUCCCACCCCAAUCCGUCUGAUCGCCGCCUCCGCCACUGCGACGGAAUCUCGCUCUGCCUGGACGGAGCAACCGAAAUCCAGAUCCUCCUAUCUGAGCUCCAGCUGUGUGUCUUCGUGCACGUCGCUGUAUGAGAUUCUGGGAAUUCCGGCGGGAGCGUCUCUUCAGGAGAUUAAGGCGGCCUACAGGCGGUUAGCCAGAGUGUGCCAUCCGGACGUGGCGGCGGUGGAUCGGAAGGAUUCGUCGGCGGACGAGUUUAUGAAGAUUCACGCUGCCUACUCCACCCUGUCGGACCCCGAAAAGCGCGCCACCUACGACAGGAGCCUCUUCGUCCGUCGACAGAGGCCUUUGUCCGCCUCGUCGGCAUACUCCGGUUACAGCGGCCGGAACUGGGAAACGGACCAGUGUUGGUAGUGACGCGGCUGGUCAAUGCAGAUAUUUCAUAUUAGACGUAUAGGUUAGUUGGUGCGCAGUUAUUGGAGCGCUUUGCAUGUGGUAUAUAUAGAAAUUACUGAUUAGUGAGUGAUAAUAGAUGGCUUGUAAUUACACUGUACAUAUUUUUUGCCCUCUCUCUGAGCUUGUUCUUUAGA